UUGUUCCCUCUCUUGUUUCCGCUCCUCUUAUUUCCCACUCUCUUUCCCCAUCCCUCUCUUAUUUCCCUCUCUUCCCCAUUCCUUGUCUCUCUUAUUUCCCUCUCUUCCCAUCCCUCUCUUCCCCAUCCCUUCCCCAUCCCACUUAUUUCCCCUCUCUUCCCCAUCCCACUCUCUUAUUUUCCUCUCUUUAUUCAAUUCUCUUAUUUUCAUCACUCUUAUUCCUUCUCUUCUCCAUCCCUAUCUUAUUUCCUCGGUCUCACUCUCUUAUUUCCCUCUCUUCUCCAUCCCCUCUCUCUUUUACCCUCAUUCCUUCUCUCUUAUUUCCCUUAUUUUCCAUUCCCUCUCUUCCCCAUCCCCUCUCUUAUUUCCCCAUCCCUCUUCCCCAUCCCCAUCCUCUCUUAUUUUCCCCCACUCUCUUCCUCCAUUUCCCUCUCUUUUUUCCCAUUCUCUUAUUUUCCUUUCUUCUUGAUCCAACUCUCUUGUUCCUCGGUUUCCCCUCUCUUUCUCCACUCACAUUCCCUCUUAUUCCCCUCUCUUCUCUUCCCCCCAUCCUCUCUUAUUUCCCUCUCUUCCCCAUCCCACUCUCUGUUACCACUCUCUUCCCCAUCCCACUCUCUUAUUUCCUCUCUUCCCCAUCCACUCUCUUGUUUCCCUCUCUCCAUCCCACUCUCUUAUUUCCCCUCCUUCUCCAUCCCACUCUCUUGUUCCCUCUCUUCCCAUCCCACUCUCUUAUUUCCCACUCUCUUCUCCAUCCCACUCUCUUAUUUCCCACUCUCUUCCCCAUCCCACUCUAUUAUUUCCCACUCUCUUCUCCAUCCCACUUUCUUAUUUCCCACUCUCUUCUCCAUGCCAUUGUUUGAUUUCCAACUCUCUUCUGGAAUUCCCCCUCUUGGUAUCUCCCCUCUCUUUCAUUCCUGUUCUAUUUCCCUCUCUUUUGGCUUAACUCUCUUCUCCGUCCUACGGUCUUGUCCUCACUCUGUUGCCUUUCAUUCUCUGCUUCCAUUCUCUUCUCAGUCCCACUCUCUUAGCUUCCAGCUCUCUUCUCCUUCCACUCUCUUCAUUUCCCCACUCUCUUAUUUCCCACUCUCUUCCCCUCUUCCCCACUCUUAUUUCCCCUCUUUUCCCAUCCCCUCUCUUAUUUCCCUCUCUUCCCCAUCCCCUCUCUUAUUUCCCCUCUCUUCUCCAUCCCUCUCUUAUUUCCUCUCUCUUCCCCAUCCCUCUCUUUAUUUUCCUCUCUUCCCAUCCCCUCUCUUAUUUUCCUCUCUUCCCCAUCCCCUCUCUUAUUUCCCACUCUCUUCCCCAUCCCACUCUCUUAUUUCCUCUCUUCCCUCUCUUCUCUUAUUUCCCUUCUCCUCUCUCUUAUUUCCCACUCUUCCCCAUCCCCUCUUAUUUCCUCUCCUUAUCCCUCUCUUAUUUCCCACUCUUCCCCAUCCCUCUCUUAUUUCCCCUCUUCCCCAUCCCUCUCUUAUUUCCCUCUUCCCAUCCCUCUCUUAUUUCCCUCUCUUCCCCAUCCCCUCUCUUAUUUCUCUCUUCCCCAUCCCCUCUCUUAUUUCCCACUCUCUUCUUAUCCCUCUUAUUUUCCCCUCUUCUCCAUCCUUUCUCUCAUUUCCCCUCAUCCCAUUUCCCACUCUCUUAUUUCCCACUCUCUCUCUUGUUUCAUCCCACUCUCUUAUUUUCUCUCUUCCCAUUCCCUCUUAUUUCCCACUCUUCCCCAUCCCACUCUCUUAUUUCCCUCUCUUCCCCAUCCCACUCUUAUUUCCCCUCUUUCCCAUCCCCUCUCUUAUUUCCCCUCUCUUCCCCAUUCCCUCUCUUUUCCUCUCUUCCCCCUCUCUUAUUUCCUCUCUCUUCCCCACUCUCUUCUUUCCCUUCUCUUAUUUCCUCGGUCUCUCUCUUCCCAUCCCCUCUCUUAUUUCCCUCUUCAUCCCUCCAUUUCCCUCUCUUAUUCUCCCUCUCCCCAUCCUCUCUUAUUUCCCUCUUCCCCCCUCUCUUAUUUCCCCUCUCUUCCCCAUCCUCUCUUAUUCCCUCUCUUCUUAUUCCAGUAUCCUCUCUUAUCCCUUUCUUCUUCUCCUCUCUCUCUCAUUCCCACUCUUUCCCAUUCCCUCUUAUUUCCCAUUCCUUCUCCAUUCCCCACUCUUAUUUCCUCUCUUCACAUCCCCUCUCUUCUCUCCAUCCCUCUCUUCUUUCCCUCUCUCUUGUUCCCAUUCCUUCCCCAUCCCACUCUCUUAUUUCCCUCUUCUUAUUCAGUAUCUUAUCCCACUUUCUUUGAUCCAAACUAUUUUAUUUCUCAGUCUCACUCUCACAUUUCUCUCUUCUCGUUCUCUUAUUUCCCUUCCCUUCUCAUUCCCCCCUCUUGGCUUCCCUCUCUUCUUAUUUUCUCUUGCUUCCCACUCUCUUCCCCAUCAUUUCCUGUUUCCCUUCUCAUCCCCACUCUCUUAUUUCCCUCUCUUUCCCUCUCUGUUCCUCUCUUCCCAUCCCUCUUCUUACUCUCUUUUUCAUUCUCUUAUUUUCCCUUUUUUCCUUUAUUUCCUCAGUCUCACUCUCUCAUUCCCCACACUCUUCCCUAUGUCCUCUUCUUAUUUCCCUUAUUUCACUCUUCCCAUCCCACUCUCUUAUUUCUCUCAUUUCCCCUCUCUUAUUUCUCUUCCCAUCCUUAUUUCUCUCUUGUUACCAUUUCAACUCUCUUCCCCAUCCCUCUUAUUUCCCCUCUCUUCAAUUCUCUUAUUUUCCCUUCUUCUCUUUAUCUUAUUUCCCACUCUCUUUAUUUCCCACUCUCUUAUUUUCCAUUCCUUCUCUUCCCUCAUUUCAGUCUCUCCCCAUCCUCUCUUAUUUCCCCUCUCUUCUCCAUCCCCUCUCUUAUUUCCCCCUCUUCCCAUCUUCCCAUCUCUCUUAUUUCCCUCUCUUCCCAUCCCUCUCUUGUUUCCCCUCUCUUCUUAUUCCAAUUCUCUUAUUUCCCCUUCUUUCUUGAACAACUAUCCCAUUUCCCUCUCUUCCCAUUUCCCCCUCUUCUUAUUUCCUCUUCUAUCCCAUUUCCCUUCUCUUCUCCUCUUAUUUCUACUCUUUAUUUCAUCUCUCUUAUUUCCUCUUCUCAAUCCCUCUCUCUUCCCCUCUCUUCUCCAUCCCUCUCUUUCCCCAUCUCUUCUCCAACUCUCCCACUCUCUUAUUCCAGUAUCUUCUCACUUUUCUUCUUUCCCUAUCUUUUUCCCAUCCCUCUCCUAUUCCCCUCUCUUCUCAAUCCUCUCUUAUGUCCUCCUUCCACAUUCACUCUUUUCCUCUUCCCAUCUCUCUCUUACCUCCAAUCCCCUGUCUCUUUCUUCUCCAUCCCUCUCUCUUUCCUCUCUCUUGUCCUCUCUUAUUUCCCUCUCUCUUCCCACUCUCUUAUUUUCCCUCUCUUCUCCAUCCCUCUCCUUCAUUUUCCUCUCUACCCCAUCCCACUAUUUUUUUCUCUUCUCCAUUUCUUAUUUUCCUCCUUCUCCCACUCUUUUUGUUCACACACUCUCUUCUCCAUUCCUCUCUCUCUUUCCCCCUUUUCCCCCAUCCCUCUCUUAUUUCCCUCUUCUCCAUCCCCUCUCUUAUUUCCCUAUUUAUCCCUCUCUUAUUUUCUUCUCCAUCCCGUCUCUUUAUUUCCCUCUCUUCCCCAUCCCUCUCUUAUUUCCCUCUCUUCCCCGUCCCACUCUCUUAUUUCACCCUCUUCCCCCAUCCUACUCUGUUCCCUCUUCCAUGUUUCUCCCCUCUCUUCUCCAUCCCACUCUCUUGUUCCUCUCUUCCCCCCCUUUCUUAUUUCCCUCUCUUCUUAUCCUCUUUUUCCUUCUUUUCCCCAUUCCACUCUCUAUUUCCCUCUUUCCCCCAUUCCCACUCUCGCAUUUUCCCUCUUCUCUUCUCCCAUCCCCUCUUAUUUAUCCCUCUUCCCCUUCUCUUAUUCCCCCUCUUAUUUCCCCUCUCUUUCUCUUCCCUUACCCUCUCUUAUUCCUCUCUCUUCCCAUCCCUCUUAUUUCCCUCUUCAUCCCUCUUAUUUCCCUCUCUUCCCAUCCCUCUCUUAUUUCCCUUUUUCUCCAUUCCCAGUCUUAUUACCCACUCUCUCUAUUUCCCUCUCUUCUCCAUCCCACUCUCUUAUUUCCCUCUCUUCCCCAUCCCCUUAUUUCUUUCCCUCUCUUUUCCAUCCCACUCUUGUUUCCCUCUUCCCCAUCCCUUUCCUCUUCUUUCCUCUCUCUUAUUUCUCUUCAUCCCUCUCUUAUUUAUUCUCUCUCUUCCCCCAUCCCUCUCUUAUUUCCCCUCUCUUCCCCAUCCCUCUCUGUUCCCUCUCUUCCCUCUCUUCUCCAUCCCCUUUCUUAUUUCCCUCUCUUCCCCAUCCCUCUCUUAUUUCCCUCUCUUUUCCAUCCCCCUUCUCUUAUUUCCUCCGUCUCUCUCGCAUUUCCCCAUCCUCUCUUGUUCCUCUCUUCCCAUUCCCUUCUCUCUUAUUUCCUCUCUUCCCCAUCCUCUCUUAUUUACCUCUCUUUCCCACUCUCUUCCCCUCUCCACUCCUUGUUUCCCACUCUCUCCCCCUUCCCUCUCUUGUUCUCUUAUUUCCUCUCUUCCCCAUCCCCUCUCUUAUUUCCCUCUCUUUUAUUCAGUUCUUUUAUUUUCCUUUGUGAUACAACUAUCUUGUUCUCCAUGUCUUAUUUCCUCCUCGUCUCUCUUGUCAUUCCUUCUCAUUCCUUCUCUUUUUCUUCUUCCCCAUCCCCCACUUAUUUCCCUCUUCCCCAUCCUCUUAUUUUUCCCCUCUCUUCCCAUCCCUCUCUUAUUUCCCUUCUCCUCUCUUGUUUCCUCUCUCCCAUCCUCUUGUUUCCCUCUUCCCCAUCCCCUCUCUUAUUUCCCCUCUCUUCCCCAUCCUCUCUUAUUUCCCCUCUUCUCUCCCUCUUGUUUUCCCUUCUCUUCUUCAUCUUAUUUCCCACUCUCUUAUUUCUCUCUUCUCAUUCCCCUCUCUUAUUUCCCUCUUCUCAUUCCCCUCUUAUUUCCCUCUCUUC